UAAAGAUAGAUCAGAGCAAUAUCACUUGUGUAAAAACAUGCGGCGUUACAGGAAGAAACCAAAGAUUGAUCACAACAAACCAGAGAUGAAGUUCGUCAAGUCUCUAGGAAAGGGAACGUACGGCUCCGUCGAUCUCUUCAGCUACACGAAACACGACGGCUCAACACUCUACAACGCCGUGAAGAUCUCCGAUUCCAAACACCACAACUCUAUCGACAGAGAGCUUAAGGUUCUCUCGAAACUCAGAGGACGUCCUGGAAUCGUGCAACCUUGCGGGAACUCUCUGCUUCAAGAAACCGAUUCCAACGGAGAGAAAGUCUACAAGAUGGCCAUAGAGUACGCGGCUGGUGGUAACCUAACCGACUUCAUCCGCGUAAACCGAAGAUUAUCGGAUCCGGUUAUCAAAGACUUCACUCGGAUGAUCCUGCAAGGAUUGGUCUCGGUUCAUGAACACGGUUACGUCCAUUGCGAUCUUAAACCGGAGAAUCUCCUUCUUUUCCCGCGUCACGAUCAAGACGCGCGGUUUUAUUCGUACGAGAUAAAGAUUUCGGAUUUUGGACUGACGAUAAAGGCGGGAGAGGAGUCCGUUUGCUGGGAGACCAAGUCUCCGUUCGUCGGAACGCCGUUAUACAUGUCUCCGGAGUCGGUACGGGACGGUUCCGCCGUGGAGAAACCCCUAGACUUGUGGUCGUUAGGUUGUAUAGUGUUGGAGAUGUGUGUAGGUAAGCAUCCGUGGUUAGGGUCCAGUGUUGAUGAUGUAAAGUCUCGUUUGUUGUGUGGGAAGGCGCCGGAGAUUCCGGAGACUGUGGCGUGUGACGCAAGGGAGUUUGUGGAGAAGUGUUUCGCAAGAAAGGCUGAAGAGAGAGGAAGCGCUUCUGAGUUGUUGUUGCAUCCGUUUUUGAACGGAGAGAGGAAGGUGGAUGGCGGCGGCGGCGGAGUGAGGAGGCGGGUGGGGUUGAGGGUCAGAAAACCACCGUCGAGGUUUGAAGAUAUUGCAAAGAAGAUUUUUUCUAGCAAGUCCUCGAAGUUUAAGAGAGUUUCGAAUAAACCCCUAAAGAUGAAGAUUCUACCUGCUAGACCCCUAAGGUCUAAUUUUGUUCCCAUUCAGUAGUUUCCUAAAAAUAACCUCCGUUUACUACUCUGUCAAAAAAUGUUGAUUUUGGCAAUUGUCAAAUUGUA